AUGUCUCCAUCCGUUGUAUCGCCGAUUUCAGCGUUGCCCGUGCGCCCUACGCCGUCAACAUCCUCGCGUCCAAUUCUCAGCGGGAUCAAUACCAUGAACGGAGCGAUUGCCGUUAAUGGGGACUCUGCGGCUGGCGGUGGUGUAAAUGGGGUCGUCAACGGCACGAUAAGCUCGAUACCUGGUGGUUCUCGUUCAGUUCCUCACUCCCCUCUAAUACCUUACUCACCUCAUCCUCUUAAAACGCCACAAAUCGCAACCCAGCACGUCCUCCUCCUUCUUGAUGUCCAAGCCGGGUUGCUAUCUUCUCCGCCACUGGGCGUUCCCUCGUCCUCUGCCCUCCGUCACAACAUCUCUCUCAUUCUGCACCACGCCCGCGCUGCUUCGCCGCCCCCUCUAAUAAUACACGUCCGCAACUGCGGAGACCCAGGCGAUCCGGACGACCCCGUCUCGCCGGGGUUCGGACUCGUCUUCCCACCCCUCCCUCACGAGCCAGUCAUCGAUAAACGGAAGAACAACGCAUUCGCUGGGACGGAGCUUGGUUCGCUGAUCAGGCACGAUGCAGAGCUGGUGGUAGUCGGUUUGCAGAGCGAUUUCUGCGUGAGGGCAACGUGCUGGGCGGCUCUGGGGAGGGGAAAUGAAGUUCUUCUGAUCAAGGAGGCUCAUGGGACGUACAACAGGAUCGAGGCGUGGUACGGAGGGAGCGUGACGCCGGCGCAUAGGAUUGAGGCUGAGGUCGAGACGGAGCUGGAGGAUGCGGGCGUGGUAUUAUUGGAUAUGAAGGAUCUAAAGGAACUCUUCACAGGCCGUUAG